UUUUUUUUUUUAUUUUUUUUUUAGAGAAACAAAGAAAUGUCAGCAUACAUAUGUUUGCAUAUUUAUAUGAUAAAUUAUGACUGUAUUUGAGACAUAAAGAUGACAAAAGGCAUAUGAUUUUCUCUUGGGUUCUAUUUUUCUUUUUCUUUUUUCCAGUGUUAUUUUUGUUCUUUUUUUUUUUGGCAUCAUUUGUGGGUUGCUGCUAUUUUUUUGUGGGUGCUGGAAAAUCAUUGUCAAAGUUGGUUCUUAGGGAAUUGAAUUAGUUCUUGAUUUAUGUAUCUCUGGAAUAUGUUAUUAUAGCAGUAUACUUGGAAUAUAUGCUAAGAGUUUCUUUCUUUUUUUGUAGAUAGUCUUAUGGAUCAUACUGAAGCGUGUAAUAAAGUGACUCAAGAGAGCUUUUCAAGUUCAUCAAAACGACGAAAAAACAAAUCUGCACCGUGGGAGGGUUAUGAGAAGUUGCCAAAGGAUAGUAAUACAGAUAAUAGAUUAAGGGCAAAAUGUAAAACUUGUGGAGAUGUUUUUAUGGCUGACUCAACUUCGGGAACUACAAAUUUAAAUCGCCAUCGAGCUAAACACCUAAAAGAAGCAGCCUCUCAAGUUGUGCCAAUAAAUCACGAACAAUAUCGUGAUAAGGUAAGAAAGGCUAUAGUUAGACACAACUACCCGUUUUGUUUUGUGGAGCAGGAAGGGAUUAGGGAGUUGCACGAAUUUUUGAAUCCUACUGUUAAGACCUUUUCAAGAAAUACUGCAAGAGCCGACGUUAGUAAGUUGUAUCAAAAUCAAAAAGAAAUACUCAAGAAUAAACUUGCACUUAUUCCAAUUAGGAUAUGCUUGACAACUGAUUUAUGGUGUUCACUCAUCCAAAAUGGUUAUAUGUGUGUUACUGCUCAUUAUAUUGAUAUAGAUUAGGUUUUGCAAAAGAAAGUUUUGAUAUUUCGUCAUGUUCCUCCUCCCCAUAUUGGUGCCGUUAUAGGUCCAAAAUUGAUCAAUAUGCUUAAAGAAUGGGGAAUUGAGAAGAAGAUGUUUUCUAUAACGUUAGAUAAUGCGCGAUAUAAUUAAGGUGUUGUAGAUAGAUUGAUUGAAUAUCUUAAGUUGCUGGAUUCUUUACUUAGCAAUGGAAAAUUUGUGCAUAUUCGAUGUGCAAACCACAUUUUAAAUUUGGUAGGCAACACAGGUUUGAAAACAAUUGAGCUCGCCAUAUUUAACGUUAGAGAAAGUGUAAAGUAUGUUAAAGGUUCCGAGUCAAGAAUUAUAAAGUUUGUAGAGUGUAUCAAGAACCUUGGCAUAAAGUUGAAAGGGAAAUUGCGUCAAGAUGUACCGACUAGGUGGAAUUCUACAUAUUUGAUGCUUGAUAGUGCUAUACCUUACUGUCGAGCAUUUUCUGAUUUUAAGGUACUUGAUAGUCAGUUUAAAUGUUGUCCUUCUAAAGAGGAUUGGGUUAAUGUUGAAAGGAUUGCUAAGUUUUUGAGGACUUUCUAUGAAGUUACUACUUUGUUUUCAGGGAGUCAAUAUCCUACUGCCAAUGUGUAUUUUCAUAAAGUUUGGAAAAUUCAUACGAUGAUAAGAGAAGCGAUAGAUAGUGAGGAUCUUAAUAUCAAGGAAAUGGCACAACUAAGUUUGUACUUGGAAGAGCCUGUGUUGGUUCGCAAAGGAAAUGAAAAUUUAGAUGUGCUUAAAUUUUGGAAAGAUAAUAGGAUUAAAUAUCCGGAACUCUCAUUGAUGGCACGUGAUUUGUUAAGUAUUCCUAUCACCAGUGUUUCAUCCGAGUCCGCUUUUAGUGUUGGAGGUCGUGUUAUUGGAAAAUUUCAAACCUUUAUUUUACCCAAGAAUGCAGAAGCUAAGUUGUGUUCGCGAGAUUGGCUUUAUGGUCAUCAAGCUUCUGAUGACUCUGAAGAGGAAGAUGACAUUGCAAUAGACAUGGGGAAAUUUGCUGCUUAACUUCCAGCUAGCUGAUGUUUUUCUCAGUUUUCUUGACAGUGGAAGAAGAAUGAUGCUUAGAGGAUGAUGAGUAGUAGAGAAAUGACCAGAACCUUUUCUCACAGUGAUUAUUAUAGUUUUUAUUACAAACAUUGGUUUGGAUGUUGUUGUUUGGUUGAUUCUGAAGGAUCUGAAAACAUAGGGUUCUGUUGAAGUAACUAAUGUUGCUUGGGAGAAAUUGAAGAAACCAGCAAAUAAGAGCACAAGGAGCAUAGAGUUUCUUCCACCCAUUUUCAUCACCAUAUACUUUUCAUCAUUGUUUUGUUGACUUUUAAUAGCCUCAUCUCUUUUUCUUUUUUACCUGGUUCUUGUUCACUAACAAAUUUGUAAGUCGUCUUACUCAUGUUUACUGCAAAACCUUAAUAAACUUAUCACUGGAAGUUCUGCCUUUAUUAAGGUUUGUAUCCUUUAUGCAAAGUUCUGCAAAAUACAUAUGAUACAUGGCCUUAGUACUUUAUAUGUGA